AAUGAUUUGGGAUACAUAAACGUCAAAGUUUGUUACCAGUGACGUAUCAUCGGCUGAUUAUUAACAAACUUCCAUGAGUCUUUUUAUUUUAAUAUUAUAUAAUCCUAUGUUAUGAUGAUAACCCUAGUCUCUUUUGUGUAGUGCUUGUGCUUCUUUCUAAAUAUGUAAUUUUAGUAUGGACUUUUUCUUUUAUUUAUCAGACUUUGAUUGUUUGUAGCUAACAGCAGCGAGGAGGACUAUUCAAGCUAUGGCUAUCAAAUUAAAAGGAUUAACAAAGACCUUAUGGACCUGCAAAGGGAUCCCCCAGACUCAUGCAGUGCCGGUGCUGUGGAAGAUGAUGAUUUAUUCCACUGGCAAGCAACUAUUAUGGGUCCAGCUGAUAGCCCAUUUGAAGGUUUCUCUCCUCACUAAGGUUUAUCACCCGAACAUCAACAGCGAUGAUGGGAGCAUCUGGAUUGACAUUCUGAGACAUAAUUGGAGCCCUGCACUUACUUUAUCCAAGGUUCUUCUGUCUAUAUGCUCAUUGUUGACAGAUCCAAACCCUGAUGAUCCUCUGGUUCCAGAAAUAGCUCAUAUAUACAUGACAGACCGAGCCAAGUACGAGACCACUGCCCGUACCUGGACCCAGAUGUAUGCAAUGGACUGAGCGGGGAUUGGCAAUAAUGAUCUGUGACAGUAACAUUGCGCCUUGUCUAAGAAGAGAAAGAAAAAAAGGAAAAAAAAAACUAAAUGGGGCUUUUGCUUUAAUAGUUUUUAAUAUCAUAAGCCAUGUGUUGUGGGUGUGUACAUGAGCUUUUUACUAUGCCUUGUUAAGAUAUUGCAAUGCUUUGAUUAUAUGAUUAAGAUGAGUCAAGUCUCUUGCUAGUGUGAACGAAGAAGGUGCAAACUUUGCAAAUACUAUUCUUUGCAUUUGUGAUCAACAUAAAAUACUAACAGUGAAAUUAUUUUGGACCAACACAUUUAGAUGAUCCAAAAAGGAUUAUACGGUGUUUGAUUCCUAUUGGCCCUUAUGGUUUGUCCAACAGAAAAAGUCCUGAGAAAAGAAUAUAGUGAAUAAGACUUGUUCUACAAUUUUGACAAUAUGCAUGGUUUUCUCUGGAAAAAUAUCAACAUGGUACUAAAGCAUUUAAGGAGUUAACUGAGCUACUUGUUUUACUUUUUCAAAAUCAAUUAAAUCUAACUUAGGUUUCAUUACAGAAUAUGGUAAUUCUAAGACAGUAAUAACUUAAAUAAAAAACAUAAAAAAUUGUAAAAUGUUGUAAGAGAAGCACACGAGGUUCUCAUCUGAAAAACUCAACAACAAAAAAGGAGAUACUUUCAUAUGAUGAUGUGUUGCAUGGUGAUUUAUUCACUUUAAUCUUAUGGUUUUAAAUUUAGUUAUUAAUUAGAUUAUUAGAUUAUAUUAAAAUGAGUAAUAUUUUAUUUAUGAGAUAUUUUUGUUUGAGAGUUUAUGUUGGGUUAGGUUUCAUUAAGAAGAUUGUUUCUAAAUUGCGCCAACAACUUGUCAAUAUUACCUAUAUGUUGAUAAGGUAAAAGUAGGACUCAAGUUGCAUUUGCUAUUUGUAGAUUUGAAUGAUUUUUUCUUCUUGCCUCUAAAAUGUUCAUUUCUUUCCACUAGGUUUCUGUAAAUAAUGGACUUCAACAUCGAGCAAACUCUCACCGCAUGUGAAUAAUUUUCAAAUUGAGGAAAUAACAGAUAAGGGGUAUCCCCUAGACAUUAGAUGUUACAGAAAGGAGCAUUAGCAAAGCCCAAGCUGGUUUCAUUCUUGCUCAAAACACGAUUUUAAAUUCAAAGAGUUUGACAAAGUAAUGAUUUUGUAUGUUCAAAACAGAACGGUAGAGAAUUAUCUUACAUUAUAUUCAUAAAAAGGAACAUUAAAAUUAGUAUACCAUUCUUUUCUUGGAACACAACGUUCAAAUUAAAUAUACCAU